AUGAAGCGAGAAGCAAAACUGCGUCAGAGAUCACAUCCACGCGAUGACUCGGGGCUGCCAUCACCGCUAUCGGUUGAGGUCACAACACAAAGUAUCGCCGACACCCCGGACCACGACAUUUCGUCAGAAACCCGUGAGCUCAUUUCCAGAAUGACGUCUACUUCAUACAAGCUUUCGCUGGUCAGAGAUGAAGCCAUAAUGGCGCUUUCGAUGCAUCAGUCUUCUUGUUCAUCAGCUUUUCAACAAUUGGCCGAGUUGACAAUACUUGAAGCGCAGUAUGUGCACGAGUUCGUGAGGCAGUUACCCGGAUUUUCCAGACUUCACAGUCAGGACCGCAGGAUUCUCCAGAAGCAGUCCAAGACUGGAAUCCUCUUGCUACGUUCGGCCAGGAGAUACGACACAACGGAAAGGUGCUUACUACUCGGCAAUGAUCGCCAUUCCUUCAGGUGA